UCUCUGCAACACAUGCGGACCAACUUCGGUGACGGACCAAAUCCACUUCCGGUCCAGUUGUCAACAGAGGAGCACCACGUGUGUUUGGUGUGUUUGGUGCGUUUGGUUUUUUCAGACAGUUAAAAUGCCGAAGCCUAACAAAGGGAGAGGAAAAGUCCCGGAGAAGGUUUGUCAUCCGUACAGCAGGAAAGCUGCUUACCUCGCCCGAGAGGAAAUCAGACUGAAAAAGAAAGACAGGAAGAAUAAUGACAAAGCAACACGUCUGAGCAGCAUCGGUGAGAAGCUGUUGUGGUUUCAGGAACAGUUGGAUCCAGAAAAGACGACUUACACCAAAAAUGAUGCCUGUGACAUUAUCGAAAGGUACCUCCAAAGGUUUGAUUCUGAACUCGAACAGAUUGAGCUGGUGAACGGGAUCAAAGGUCGGCAGGGUCGUCUCCAUGGCGCCAGGGAGGCUGUCAUCAAACAGACCAUCGAGCGAGAGCGAGCGCAGUAUGAGGGCACCGGGUUAGAGAUCCCAGACAUCAUUAACGCAAAGCAUCUGAAAACAUUCAGGGAGUGGACCGGUGAUCUGAAGAAACUUCCAAAUAUGAAACUGAGACAGGUGUCUAACAAAGAUGUGGAAACAAAGAACGAUGGUUUGGAAACAAAGAAUGAAGAAGAGCAGAAACAUGACGAUGCAGAAGAUGAUAAUCAAGAUGAUGAAGAUGAUGAAGAUGAUUUGGAUGACGAGCAGUUGGAUGACAUGGUACUGAUGUCGGACUGAAACUGAGGCUCUUCAUAUUUGACCAUAGCCCAAAGCUCCAGUCGUCCAUUCAGCACAACUGACUGUGCAGCUGAACAUCAGACUGUCUUCAACAAAUACUUUUUAUAGAAAAAGUGUGUUUUUGUGUCCGUGUGGGAAAGAUGCUGCGGCUCCAUGACUGUCCAGAAGAUGGUGCUAAACUCUCAAAGAUGGAAACUUUUAUCAGCCUGUCCUCCUGUAAAGUCUUCUUGCUGCUCAGUAACUUCACAUCAGCCUGUGAGGGGUUCUACAUUCAUUGUUUAUUGCACAAACAAAUAUGAAUUUUAUUUAACCUGAAUACUCCAUUUUAUCCAAUUAGAUAGAAAAAAGCUUUUGACGAAGAUGCUGAGUGCUCUAAUGUUGUUGCGUCUAUAAGACACUGAGAGAUUUUCUGUGAUGUGACAUCAACACUGAUAAAAAACCAAAUUAAACCUGUAGAAAAGUGUAAACAACAGUUGCCUUCUUUUAUAUUAACCGGUCAGUCACUCACACAGUGUGUCAAGUCUAAUGUAAAAACAGUAACAGAUGGCCACCAUGAAAGCUCUAGUUACAUCGAUGUAUAAAUAACGGGACCUCCAUCAAGCUGCAAACUGUCAAAACAAAACGUCAAAAACAACUGGGCUACUUUAGAUUUGCUAUUUUAAGAAAUAUUCAAAGCUCUCCUAUGAUAAUAAAUAAAUCCAGCUUUUUCAAAACAUUA